AUGAUCAAGUUUGUAACGACGGUAGCGUUACUGUUCAGUGUUGUCGACCCAGUCGCAUCGUUUGCUGGUGUCGCGCCAUGUAGGGUAGCAGCUCCAUCCGUUGGCAGCAACAGGAAACCAUGCAGUUUCCGAUCAUUCCGGUCCGUCCUGAGAAUGAGUGACAAUCAGACUCCCACCAGUAGUGAGGAAGAGAAGAAACAAGACGAUGGAGUCAUUGAGCUCGUGGAUUUGGAGGAGGUAGUCGCAGAUGCGUCGGAAACGGAAGAAACAAGUCCUUCCCUGGCAGCACCAUUUUUGAGCCAAGGAGAAAUCCAGGAAGAAUCACUGAAAGUGGAUCUUUCCGAUCCCAAACAGACCAGAGUCAUCAUCUACAUCAUUCUGUCUUUGCUUCCUGUAUUGUUCUUGAUUCCGUUAAUGCUGGGAUCUCGAGAGUUUUUGCCCGCAAUAAUUCCCAUGGAUGACCUUCCACCGGUUCAAUUGUAG